UCUCUGAUGGGUUUUUAGUUCUUUACAGAGAUAAACUAAGAAAUAAUCUUGAUACUUUCAAUGAUUAGCCUGAUUAGUCAUGUUGCAGGAGUAAUUACCUGUUUAAGCUAUGAUUAUCGCUCUGUGCAUUCUUUUUUUUUCUCCGUCAUCUCCAGUUGAGCGCUCGCGUUUGAAACUAUUGCUCAUUUAUCUUGUGUAGGCCAUUGUGCCAACAAGCCAGGAUAAAUAUAAUCUCUGCUCUCUUACAGUCUUGCCUAUUCAGGACAACAUCCUAGAGUUACAGAGUGAGUUCAAAGCUGAGGAGUGUUAGAUGUCUAAUGUUUGCAUUUUGGUUGCUCUUCAGAAUUUCCUGUAAACCGUAGUCUGAGCCUGAGAAAAGAGCAGGUUCAUGUGUGUUUUCAGUUUCUUUAGUGGUGCCCUGAGAGGUUUGGCCUGUAAGAGAUGACCCUAAAUGAAUGAAUGACAAAUAAAUCGUUAUCCUAUUGAAACAUUUUGUUCUGGGCCAAAAAAUGUGAACACACACAGAUAGAUUUAUGUGUGAGUUCAUUCAUUUGUUGGUGCUUUGGAAGGUGGUAGGACAGGAUGGUCUGGAUUUUUGAAGGAUGAGGCUGGGGAAUGUUCGGCCAGGCUCCAUAUUGGGAGGGGCGCGUACCGUGGGAAGAGAAGGCCUCUUGAGAUUGUCAUGUUUUAGUUAAGUUGCACUUUACUGAUCACUCUCUUUCUCUUCAUGAAGUUGCACACAUAAAUAUAUUUCUUGAGACACCAGUGAAGAUAAGAGAAAUCACCAAUGUCCAAAGAGGGCGACAGAGCGUCUGUGCUCCGCACCACUAAAGUACGAACCAAGCUGAAGGGAGAUGGCAGCUGGUUGCAGCGCAGCAGCGAGCCUCAGGCUGAGGCUCGGGAGGAGAAGCCGUGGAUGGCGGAGGUGAGGGCCGGCCGACUGAACGGAGCUGCCGUGGAGACCAGCCCAGUGUCCUCACCAACCAAACCCACACCCUCACCAGUACAGUCGGACAGUGAGAGCAAAACCCCAACAUCAGGGUUCUUAAUCAGAGGCGUUUUCACUAAACUAGACAAGUCUCCUUCGUCUCCGAAAUCCAAUGGCACAAGCAGCACAAAACGGUUCACUAAAAAACCCUCAGAGAGCUACAAGAAAAUAGCCCCCCACACUGUGAGGAGCACCGUGGAGGACGUGGAGGGCGAGCUCAGCCCCGAGGAGCAGGAGAGACGAACGGAGGUAGCCAGUAGUGUUGUGAAGAGAUCUGCUGGCAAUAGACGGUCCUAUGUUCUUUCUGCUGCCAAGAAAUAUGAGACCAAAGAGGCAUCACCUGAGCCAUCAGCAGUCGGGACUACGCCAUCAUUUCUGGCUAAAAGGGUGCAGAUCACUGAUGAAGAAGAUGAUGAGGAGGAUGUUGCGACUCAAACACUUGCCAGCAGCGAGGCACCGCCUCUCGCUGUUGCUCCUGCAUCUGCAGACUCCCCACCUGAACCCAAACUCAGAGAAGCAAUCAAAAACACCGUUAAGGCAGACGCUCAAGUGGCUGUAGCUGUGGCUCCAACGGUGGUGGAGAAACCCCCAGAACCGGUGAAGCAAGUCCUGGUUCCAGAGUCCAAAACAGAUGUGAAGUCAGAUUCAAGCCCUGUGGAUGUCACCAAGUUUGUACAGACAAGUACAGAACCAGAACCAGAACCAGUGAAUUCCAGUAGUUCGAAGCAGCUCAACACCCAACUAGCCAAACCUGUCUGUCCACCUGAAGCUCCAGUAUCUCCUGCUCCAAAACCAGAAACUCCAGUUGAAAGUACCCCGGUGAUGGCUGAACCAGAGCAGCCUCUGGAUUCUGCUGAUCAGAAACCUCCAGAACCUAAACGUCUCGCUAUUCCCACAGUAUUUUUAGCUCCGGUGGCCCAAAUGUCUGACGUCAAACCCCCCACAGUACAGAAAGAAACUGUAUCAGAACCCAAACCAGAACCAAAACCAGAACCAAGACCAGAACCUAAACCAUCUCCAGUUCCUGUGACCCAAGUGUUUGAUGUGAAAAACCUCACAGUGAAGACGGAACCAGUAACAGCACCAGAACCAGAACCCAAACCAGAACCAAGACCAGAACCUAAACCAUCUCCAGUUCCUGUGACCCAAGUGUUUGAUGUGAAAAACCUCACAGUGAAGACGGAACCAGUAACAGCACCAGAACCAGAACCCAAACCAGAACCCAAACCAGAACCUAAACUAGAACCCAAACCAUCUCCAGUUCCUGUGACCCAAGUGUUUGAUGUGAAAAACCUCACGGUGAAGACAGAACCAGUAACAGCACCAGAACCAGAACCCAAACCAGAACCUGAACCAGAAUCUAAACCAGAACCUAAACGUCUCGCUAUUCCCACAGUAUUUUUAGCUCCGGUGGCCCAAAUGUCUGACGUCAAACCCCCCACAGUACAGAAAGAAACUGUAUCAGAACCCAAACCAGAACCAAAACCAGAACCAAGACCAGAACCUAAACCAUCUCCAGCUCCUGUGACCCAAGUGUUUGAUGUGAAAAACCUCACGGUGAAGACGGAACCAGUAACAGCACCAGAACCAGAACCCAAACCAGAACCCAAACCAGAACCUAAACUAGAACCCAAACCAUCUCCAGUUCCUGUGACCCAAGUGUUUGAUGUGAAAAACCUCACGGUGAAGACAGAACCAGUAACAGAACCAGAACCAAAACCAGAACCUAAACUAGAACCCAAACCAUCUCCAGUUCCUGUGACCCAAGUGUUUGAUGUGAAAAACCUCACGGUGAAGACAGAACCAGUAACAGCACCAGAACCAGAACCCAGACCAGAACCUGAACCAGAAUCUAAACCAGAACCUAAACUAGAACCCAAACCAUCUCCAGUCCCUGUGACCCAAGUGUUUGAUGUGAAAAACCUCACGGUGAAGACGGAACCAGUAACAGCACCAGAACCAGAACCCAAACCAGAACCUGAACCAGAAUCUAAACCAGAACCUAAACUAGAACCCAAACCAUCUCCAGUUCCUGUGACCCAAGUGUUUGAUGUGAAAAACCUCACGGUGAAGACAGAACCAGUAACAGCACCAGAACCAGAACCCAGACCAGAACCUGAACCAGAAUCUAAACCAGAACCUAAACUAGAACCCAAACCAUCUCCAGUCCCUGUGACCCAAGUGUUUGAUGUGAAAAACCUCACGGUGAAGACAGAACCAGUAACAGCACCAGAACCAGAACCCAAACCAGAACCUAAACUAGAACCCAAACCAUCUCCAGUUCCUGUGACCCAAGUGUUUGAUGUGAAAAACCUCACGGUGAAGACGGAACCAGUAACAGCACCAGAACCAGAACCCAAACCAGAACCUGAACCAGAAUCUAAACCAGAACCUAAACUAGAACCCAAACCAUCUCCAGUCCCUGUGACCCAAGUGUUUGAUGUGAAAAACCUCACGGUGAAGACAGAACCAGUAACAGCACCAGAACCAGAACCCAGAUCAGAACCUGAACCAGAAUCUAAACCAGAACCUAAACAAGAGCCCAAACCAUCUCCAGUCCUUGCGACCCAAGUGUCUGAUGUGAAAAACCUCACGGUGAAGACAGAACCAGUAUCAGCACCAGGACCAAGCUCCACUGGUGACACGCUCGCUGCCCUGUCUGACACCCUCAUCUUGUUUGACUCAAACUCAUCCAGAGCUGAACAGGAGCCAGCUCCACAUCCAGCGCUCAGCACUGGUGAACCAAUGACAGACGAUCUCCUGGGUUUCGGUGACAGCCUUCACAUGCCGCCAAAGAUGGAGCUGAUGGAGCAGACGCAGACGGAUGAGACGGCUAAAGAAGCACAAAGCUCGGCUGAUCCGUUUGAUCCGUAUCCGAUAGGGACUGCAUCCCAUAACAGCCCCUCUGACCUGCUUCAGCCCCUCUCAGAUACUUCCAUCAACAGCCUCAGCUCUCAGAAGUCCUGGAGACGCUCAUGGGAAACACCUGAGCAGUCUAACGCAGUUCACAGGCAAGAAAACACUGGAGCAGAACCAGAAGAAACGGCUGAAGAUCAGCAGACGAUGAUCAUGUUUGAGAGAAAGUCUACUGAAAAAGACUCCCCAUGGGACAGAUGGACCUCACCCACCAUCUACACCAUCAGCAAAGCUGGGGAAGAGGAGGAUGAGGAGGAAGAGGAGGAAGAAGAAAGCCCAGAGGACAACGAAACAGUCACCGUCACAACCACCACCACCAUCAGGGAGAUGAGAACUGAGCCCGAGCCCACUACGGAUCGAUCUGUGACCAGGACCAGGGUGGUAGAGGAGCAGCGGGCCCCCACGCCUGAACCCGAAACCAAGAAGAGUUUUGUUUACGUGAAAGAGUAUGUCAACGCGACAGAGCUGUCCUUGCAUAACACCAAGGACAUGAUGGAAAGGCCAGACGCUGUUACGUUUACCUCCAUCGGCUACUCCUUCAGCAGCCCCUCCAGAGUCUCGCUGUCGUCCACCUGUACAUACUGUGGAAGUCAGGUGGGCAACGAUGCCAAGAUCACCAUUGAGCACCUGAACAUCAACUGCCAUCCCGAAUGCUUCAAGUGUGAAAUGUGCCGUAAGCCAAUAGGAGACCUUCUCGACAGCAUGUUCAUCCAUCGUGGGAAGAUCCACUGUGAAAGCUGCUACUCCAUCCUCUAGUGACACCCAGAGCUCUUCAGUAGCUUCCUGUCUUCGUUCUCUUCAUGUUUGCAUCCAAACUGAGCUGGUUUUGAACUAAGUUUGUUUUAUACUAAGGUGAUCCAACGGAUUACAGGAUUACUUCAUGUUUUAUUAGGUCACAUUUGCAGGGGCGUGUCCAGGGAGUGGCCUGGGGUAGCACAUGCCACCCUUAGAAUCUGAUUGGCCACCCCAGGUGCCACCCUAAGUUCCAGUUUAAAUUGACUUUACAUUGUCGACAAAAGGCUUGAGUUGUAAGCUCCAAAAAUGGUGUGUGGUAGCAUGCACCUUUAACAUUGUCUUCUAGCCCAGGCCUACAGAACAUUUCUGUAGUAUUAAUAUUAUUUAUUAUUUUUUCAUAUUCACAUAAAUAGUAUUUAGAGUCCCACUCAACUCCAAUUGGUGGCAAUAAUGCAACAAGAAGUGACUUGCUAACCACCACAAAACUAGAGGAUGAAGAGAAAAAAAUGGUGAUUGUGCAAUGUGAAACUCCAAAGUUCACUAGAAAGCAAAUAAAUAAAUAAACGAUUUGUGUAAAUAAAGAAAUAAGAAAAACCAUUGGUGCCACCCAUGCAUAAACAAGUGCCCCACAUGGGCCACCCCAUUUUAAAAGUCCUGGACACGGCUCUGCACAUGUGUAAUGCUUGAAAUUUGUAUUUUGUGGUGGUGAAAUCUGUUUCUGCCUCCGUGAACAAUGAAGGAUCUGUCUCAUAAACAAGAGGCACUCUGGAAAAGUGGGAUUUAUUUUUAUAAAUUGGCACCAAAACUGUUAAAAACAUUUUGUUCCUUUGCUUGUUACAAAAGAGUGUUCACAUGUAAACGGCUUUGUUAACAAAAUAAACUGAUUGAUAAAAUCCUCA